GUGCACAUCUUGUAUCCAGCUGCAAACGACUCUACAGUUGCGAUUCUAAAAAACUAAUUUCUCAAAGCUUGUUUUACUGAAAUCCACGAUUAACAUGGCUUCGGCUGCGGCACGUUCGUUUGCUUUCCGACAGCAAAUGAAUACUCGUCGGUUUGAAUUUGCAUCCUGCUUAAAUAUGAAAUCAUUUUACAGUUCCUACGCAGCAAAUCCAAAAGAAAAAGCUCCAGAAAAUUACACACAGUACCACGAAGUUUCAUCUGAUAACUGGAAAUUUGUGGAACGAUUGAAGCCUCCCACCGUUGUCCCAUCUUUUCCUACAAAUGGAAGUUAUUUUUCUGAUUGGACUCCACCACCAGAUACACCACCUAAUUUACCAUAUUUUGUUAAAAGAACAAAGAAUUUUAUGGUUCCUGUCUACCUGAACUUUGAAGCAGUGAGAAACCAAAGAAAAAUCACUAUGGUUAAACAUAUAGAAGGAGACAUUUGGGCUAUGGAAAAAGCCAUCAAGUCCUACCUGGAAGAAGUAACAAAAAGACCAGUGGUUUCUCAAGUGCAUGAGGUUGCCAUGUACAUCAAGUUUAGAGGAGAUUAUGCUCUUCAUGUCAAAAAAUGGUUGAUAAAUGCUGGUUUUUGAAUAGCAACUGAAAAGCAAUGGAGGAAUUAUUUACAAGGAUACAUUUGAAUGGGUAUCCUAUUUAUGAGGCAAAAGAACACACGAAGGAAUACAACCAAAUAAAUCUUCUUUACGUGAA